GCACAACCAAGCCUCUCACUUGACCCUUUGGACUAAAUCCUCUAUAAAUUUCCACCAUUUUCAUUUCCAUCUACCACAAAAACCCUAAAAUCAUCUUCAACUUCAUCAAAUUCCUUUCACUUUUUUCAAUAAUCCUUUCCCUAGAUUUCAUAUUAAUCUUUACCACCUUAUACUAUAUCUUAUAUUAUUAUUAUUAUUAUUAUUAUACUUUGGUCUAAAUAUAAUGGGUGUCAUGUGCACAUGGGAGAGUGAGAAGACGGAGAUGGAGGCCUUUUGCCGGAAAUUGGUGGUGGCCGCCGGAAAAGACGACGAAGGGGGAAGAAACCACCACCUUGUUUCUUCUUACUAUGAAGAUGGUGAUGAAAAAGGGACAUUGUUGUGUGUUACAAGUGGUGUUUCUUAUGUUGGACUUGCCUUGGUCAACCAUCUCUUGCAAUUAGGUUACUCUCUUCGGAUCACAGUUCAAAACCCAGAGGAGAUGGAGAAAGUGAAGGAAAUUGAGAAAACUGCAGAAGGAAAGUUGGAAGCAAUAAUGGCAAAGCUAACUGACAUUGAUGGGUUGGAGAAAGCAUUUCAGGGCUGUCGUGGAGUUUUUCACACCUCUGCAUUCACAGAUCCUGCAGGUCUUUCUGGAUACACAAAAUCCAUGGCGGAGAUUGAAGUAAGGGUUGCUGAGAAUGUGAUGGAAGCAUGUGCAAGAACACCUUCAAUAAAGAGAUGUGUGUUCACUUCCUCACUAGCAGCUUGUGUGUGGCAAGACACUGCACAAUCAGACCUCACCCCAGUUAUUAAUCAUGGCUCUUGGAGCAGUGAAUCACUCUGCAUAGAAAAGAAGCUCUGGUAUGCUCUGGGGAAGAUGAGAGCAGAGAAGGCUGCUUGGAGAAUAGCCAAUGAGAGGGGUUUGAAACUCACUACCAUUUGCCCAGCUCUGAUUACAGGUCCUCAAUUUUUUCACAGGAAUCCAACAGCAACAAUUGCUUACCUUAAAGGUGGUCAAGAAAUGUAUUCUCUAGGUCUGCUAGCAACAGUGGAUGUGACCAAAUUGGCAGAAGCUCAUGCAAGUGUGUUGAAGGCAAUGAACAGCAAUGCUUCUGGUAGAUACAUUUGCUUUGAUAAAGUAAUAGAUUCACAAACUGGGGCAGAGAAUUUGGCGAAGGAGAUUGGAAUGCCUAAGGAGAAAAUAUGUGGAGAAACAUCAAACAGUUCUGUACAAAGAUUUGAACUAUCUAAUGAGAAGUUAUGCAGACUCAUGUCAAGGCCACUCAGGUGCUACAGUGAAUAUCAGAUGAAAUAAUGUUACUAUGUUUGCUGGAAAAGCUGGUUGGUUGGUUGGUUUAUUUAUGGUUUGCCUUAGGCAUAUAUAUAUAAUUAGAUGAGAAAAAUAGAUGAGGCAUGUUAUAUAGUAUAUUCAGUAAUUAGUAAUGUUUGUAUUCAUUUAUGGUUAAA